AUGGCACCAACCUUGAAAGAUAUGAUUCAACGUCAAGGGCAAUUGGCAAAAUUGUUAGAAGAACAUUUGACCAAUUAUGCCAAGGAACCGCAAGAUCGGCGUAACAACCCAGAUCGUGUAGCAUCUUGGAUCCCAAAAAUAAAUGAUUAUUGGGGAGAGUUUCGCGCCAAUCAUGACGAAUUGUCAAAAUUCACAAAUAUCGAUUUGGGGCAAACUAGCACCAACGAUUUGCUCGGUAAUAUUAUACCAACCGUACCACCAAGUAGUAAUUCGACCAGAAUCGAAAUUAAUAAUGAUGUCGACCUUAAUCUAAGUGAUCGUGAAUUCAUUAAUCGAUUUGUCACUAAAGAAAAAUUGUUCGAAUGUCGGUUACAAACAAUGGAAGAAUUGGUAAACCAAGGUAGAACGGAAGAAGCCCAUGAGAUUGUCUCGUGCAUAAAGGAAAAAUGGAUUGAAAUCGCUGACGAAUUAGAAUCAGUUUGCGCGAUCGUAGAUUCUGCCGGAACAUAUAUGGACAUCUUCUGUAACAUCGAGAAGAGGUCAUUGAAUGAUGUUCAAAAAAUGCAGUAUUUAAAAACAAAUCUAACGGGCACAGCCCUAAGAGCAAUUCAACGGCCAGAUUUAGUUGGAAAUGAAAAUUUCCACGUGGCAUGGAAAAUUCUACAAAAUAGAUUUGAAAAUAAGAGAGAAAUAAUGCAUAUGGCACUCGACGGUUUGAUGGAUCAGCCAAAAAUAACAAACGCGUCAGCAGAACAGCUGCAACAAUUAAUGGAUAAUAGCCAAGAGUACAUAGCAUUAUUGAAAGAUAUGACGAAAGAACAAUGUAUUUUGCAUAUCUUAAGCAAAAAACUGGAUGAAACGAGCCUCGAAUUAUACGAGUCAUCCAUAACUAAUACGACGGAGCCGCAAGAUCUAGAAGAUUUCAUGAAAUUUUUGGAACAAAGAGCAAAAGUGCUCCAAAAGGUAAAAAGAGAAAAUCAAAAAUAUAAAGGACACUCGAGCCAAUCAUGUUUGACGAAUCUAAAAUGUAAGGAGUGUGAGAGACGGCACAGCACUUUACUACACAUAUCCAAAGCAGAGUCAACAGAUACAAAACCAAAACCAUCAGUUUCCGGAAAUAAUUCAAAAGGAAAACCACCGCAGAAGAAAUCGUUUGUAUGCGUAGCCGACGAAUCCGAUGAAGAAACUGUAUCAUGCAUCGCAUCAAAACAACAGAAAGGAUCCAAGGUAUUAUUGGCUACAGCACAAAUUCGAUUGAAGACAGCAAAUGGAUGGUCAGAAGAAAUAUGCGCCCUGAUUGAUCAAGGUUCGAUGGCCACAUUUUUAACAGAAAAGAUCGUGAAAGAUUUAAAAUUGAAUCGAAUGAAAAACGAUAUUUCGGUGUCCGGAAUCGGAGGAAUAAAGACAGAAAAAUCAUUGGGAAGUGUUGACAUUGAAUUUACAGCUCGAUACCCGACAAGCUUCGUGGGAAGAACCAGAGCAAUUAUCUUAGGUAAGUUAACGUCGUUAGCACCGAUUGCACAGGCUAAAGCAAAAAUUGAACAGUGUCAUGAAUUUGGCGAACUAGUUUUAGCCGAUCCUGAUUUGAACAAGGUGUUCAAAAUUGACGCAAUUUUGGGAGCUGAUGUCUUUGCAGCAAUUCUACUUCAAGGAGUAAUUAAAGCAGAAUCAAUGGAGCUGGUCGCUCAAGAAACACAACUAGGAUGGAUUCUUUCAGGCGUCAUCGAGAGAGCAUCGAACGCGGAUUCAAGCACGGUAAGUCUCAUCACUACAAUCGAAGAAUUAAAUGAAAACAUGAAAAAAUUCUGGGAAAGUGAGGAAAUAGGUGAGCAAAGCAUGCUUUCUGAAGAAGAAACAUAUUGCUUAUCACAUUACGAAGAAAAUACGGUGAGAAACGAAGAGGGAAGAUUCAUUGUGACCAUUCCAUUUCGUGAAAAUAUCACUGACCUGGGAAAUUCGCGAAGAAGCGCACUAGCUCAACUCUUACAUCAAGAAAGAAAAUUUGCUCGUGAACCAGAGCUACACGAACAAUACAUAGCCUUUAUGAGAGAAUAUAUCGAAAUGGGUCAUAUGAUUGAAUGCGAAGAUGUAGACAUAGAAAAUGGCUAUUAUUUUCCACACCAUGCAGUAUUUAAACAAAGUACAACAACGAAAGUACGUGUUGUUUUCGACGGAAGUCGUAAGACAAGCACAGGUGUUUCGCUGAAUGAUUGCCUAAUGAUGGGCCCAAAAAUUCAGGAUGACUUAUUCGAUAUAAUUCUCAGAUUUCGUUUACGAAGAAUAGCUUUUACAGCCGAUAUUGCAAAAAUGUAUCGACAAAUUCUGGUAAAUAGCGAUCAACAAGACUAUCAACGCAUUUUAUGGCGAGAAAAUCGUAGUCAAAACAUUAAAGAGUAUCGAUUAAAAACAGUCACUUACGGAACAAGCAACGCGCCAUAUUUAGCAGUAAAAACAUUAGCCACACAAGCAAAAAGGUGGGAAGAAAAGUCACCAGUAGCCGCAAGAAUGAUUCAAAGGGAUUUCUACAUGGACGAUUUAAUGAGCGGUUCGGAUAGCGUGACAGAAGCACAAGAAUUACAGCAACAGGUAACUAAAAUAUUGGCUGAUGCAGGUCUUCAACUACGAAAAUGGAGUUCGAAUAGUGAACAGCUUCUAAAUUCAAUUCCAGAAGAACACCGAGAAGGUGCUCAAACAGAUGGUGAAGCGUCAAUCGCUACACUCGGCUUAAGAUGGUAUAACAUCUCUGACGAAUUUGGAUUCAAAAUGAAUGAAUUCGGAGACGUCAAGAUACUGACGAAACGCAUUGUCUUGUCGGAAAUUACAAAAAUGUAUGAUCCUUUGGGUUUAUUGGCGCCAUUUACAAUUUUAUGCAAAAUUCUAAUGCAAAAGUUAUGGAUAGCUGAAUUGGAAUGGGACAGCCCAAUACCAAAGGAAUUAGCAGAUGAAUGGGAAGGUUAUAGGGAACAAAUUCCAAUUCUGUUAAAUUUCAAAAUAAAACGAUGGAUCAACUAUCAAUCAACCAACAAGAUCGAACUACACGGUUUUUCGGAUGCUUCGGAAUUAGCUUAUGGAGCAAAUAUUUAUGCGAAAGUAAUAACAGACGAUGCAAUUUAUUGCAAUCUGUUAACCGCAAAGACAAGAGUAGCACCUUUAUCAAAACAAAGCAUUCCCAGAUUGGAAUUAUGCGCCGCACUCUUGUUAAUAGAACUGAUGGAAAAGGUGACAAAGGCACUCAACAUCCCUAUUGCCGAAAGACAUUAUUACUCUGAUUCUCAGAUUACACUAGCUUGGAUCAAUGGUUCACCACGCAGAUGGGAAACUUAUGUUGGAAACAGAGUAGCAAAAAUCCAAAUGCAAAGCAAUAUAGAAGAUUGGCACUACGUAAAUACCAAGGAAAACCCUGCAGACAUCGCAUCAAGAGGAAUGACACCUGAAAACUUAAUUCAAGAUGAAUUGUGGUGGCAUGGACCAUGGUGGUUACGCACAGAAACCAACAAUUUUGAUUCAUCAAUAAGUUUUAAAACCACACUUGGUUUAAAAAAG